CACGCCUCUAAUCAGUUCUAUGGAACACCAUUACCAGCUAACAGUUGUUUGAAAUGGCUAUUUAUUUGUAGCUGACAGUGCUUCUCUUUCUCCGGAUGAACAGAACCUGCAGAACUUACCAGUGAUUCACAUUAACAGUACCUUGUUUUUAGGAGACCAUCAUCACCACCAUGGCAAUGUCGACCAUAUCUCUGCUGCUCUGUGCUGCUGUUGCUAUGAAUGGAGCAACAGGAGCUAAGGGGGAAGAGGAGAACAGGAACCAAUGCCCCACAGGCUGGUUCCAAUUUGGAUUGCGCUGCUUCAUGUUCGUCGAGACUGCAAGGUCAUGGCCCCAAGCAGAGCGCCACUGUGUGUCCCUUGGAGCAAACCUGGCGUCUGUGCACAGCUCUGCGGAGUAUCAAUUUCUACAGGCAAUUGCGGGGUGCAAGACUGGCGAUUUCUCAACUACCUGGAUCGGAGGAUUUGAUGCUGUUCAGGACAGACUAUGGUUUUGGAGUGACGGCUCUGAAUUUGAUUACCAGAACUGGAAGAAAGGAGAGCCCAAUAAUAGUGGUGGCAGAGAGCCAUGUAUAGUGAUCAACUGGGGAGAUGAAUAUCGCUGGAACGAUAUAAACUGUGGAAACAGCUUUCCCUCUGUGUGCUCCAAAAGAAUGUGUGAAAUCCAGAAGAACUGAAACACACAAUGAUACUCCAUAGUGCCAACACCCAACUGAACAGUCUUUAUGGUAAAGUCAAAUAUUCAGUAAAGAUUAUUUGUACUUGUUUUGUUGUUUAUUGUCAAUAAAACGGGAGUAGACAUUG